AUGAAAUGGUUGCUUCUGAGUGACAUUCACUUCAACAUCCGCGACUUGGAUCGUGUGCGACGAACGGCACAAUGGAUCGUCGCGGAGGCAGAAAGAAACCAUGUUCGCCGGGUGGUAAUCUGCGGCGACCUUUUGACCAGCCGAACGAUGCAGCCGACACACGUUUUGUCCGCAUGUUAUCGCUUCAUCAGCCAUUUAACCGAUAUCGUCCCACGAAUUAAUAUUCUGCUAGGGAAUCACGACCUCGCAUACCGGCGUGACUACCAGACGACAGCUCUCGAAGCACUCAAUAUCAGAAGACUAGCCCCACAUGUUUCUCUACAUAGCGUCGUCGAUUACCAGGAGUGGGACGACCGACAAGUCUUGCUUCUACCAUUUCGCGAAGAGCAAAGUGAGCUUACAGAUGCUGUGGCCGCCAUCAGUCCUGAUCAAGCGAGCAAGACAGUUGCGUUUGCUCACCUCGCAAUCAAUAAGGCCAUUCUCCAUCGGUUCACCACACACAAAUAA